AUGCUAGGCUACAGCUCAGACCCUGACAUGGAUUGGAUCUCUUUCCGCGCUCGGAUUGAAAAUCCGCGGGUCAAUCGUCUAUUCGAGGACCUUCGACGGAAGCUCUGGGGGAUGGGAGACUGUCCCCGUCUCUUCUGGGGCAAGGAGUCAGGGGAAGAAGGAAAUUGUGACAAGAUUGCAUUGUUUACAGGUACGUAUGAUUUCGCUUCCCUUGUCAGCAAGGAUGAUGAUAGUAACAGGGCUGUUAUGGAAGGUCGCGAGGGUUCCCAACACCAGAAGUCAGAAACCUGA